AUGACAAGUGUUCAAGAACAUCCAGAUCAGGCAAUUACAUUGAAUCCAGACUGUCCCAGCUUAUACUCCGCUCAUGGAGGAUCUUGUAACCCUGGCUAUACCCCAUUUCUCCCUUCGUAUGUUUCUUGGGAGUUCCAUGAUCCGUCCAGUCAGCCGGACCAGCCUACACUUGACCCCACAUCAAACGAACUCGACUUCAGUAAUCGUGCUGCUCAAACAGAUGAUCAGGACAUCGGAUCUCUUCUGUUGGCCUGGUUGCAGAACGAAAACCACAGUGGACAACAAUGUCUGGAUACAUCGCAACCUCCAUCCUCGGUCCCCGAGUCAAACGAGGCGAGCAUUCAUGGCAGGAGAAGCGAGCGCAGGUCGGGGGGCAAGAACAAAGGAAAUCCAAGUGCCGCUCACUGCAAUCUGAACAGUCUCGCGAGAUAUAGAGUUCUGGACCACAUCACUAAAUGGCCUGCAACUGAAGCCGAGACGGUCAAAAACAGUCUAGCAGAAUUGAAGACGAAGGCUGGUCGGGCCGAGGUCCGCGGGAAGACUCUCUGGUACUAUCAGAAAUGGGCAGCAAAGCAAGCCAACAUUGUGGAUGAGGAGAUCAAGCUCUGUUCCUGGUGUCUUAAAGCCUAUGGCAUGCUUCUGCCUGCCAGAGAAAUGGAUGGUGUCCUCAAUGCCCGUCGAUGCGAAAAGGUUUCGUAUGAAAGGAGAUUAGAAAACAACCGAAGGGAUCCAAAAGAAAGGCUUGACAUCGGAUAUAAACUGUGGUAUCCUCUGCAUUUGCCUGUACUCUAG